GCUUUCCAACGCACUCACUUCUAACCUAGUGCCAUAUUUCCAGUAAUUUUCUUUCGGAUAACAAUAUACGUGAACAUACAUUCAAUCAAGAUUUACUUUAAACAGUGUACGAAAAUAAGAAGCAGUCUCAGAAUAACCAAAAAUGUCUCAAGACAACGAAGGAUUCUUUAAAAAAUUCCACGAAACAGUAAACAGCUCUAUAGACGACGUCACAAGAAACAAUUUCGCUAAUUUAGAGUCCAACUCCAAACGUGUUUCGUACUUGUGCAGUCUUCCAGUAAUAAAGAAUUAUGACUUGUCUCCAGACUUAGAAAAAUAUAAAGCGAACGGCAGUUUUCCAGUGGUAAAAGACUUCGAAAAGGCAAAAAAGUUGAAAGAUGAAGGAAAUAAAGCAGUGCAGAAAGGUGACUGGGCCAAAGCGAUGCAGCUGUACAGUCAAAGCAUGAUUUACAUGCCGAAGAAAGAAACGGAAGAGUUGUCAAUAGUGCUGGCAAAUCGGUCAGCAGCACUGAACCACUUGGAGCAAUAUGAAGAUACACUGGAUGACAUCAAGCGUUGUCUAUCACUCGGAUACCCACGCCACCUGCGCUAUAAGGUGUACGAGAGAAAGGCACGGUCGCUGCUCGUGCUGAAGAGGAAUAAGGAAGCUAUAACAGCUUUUCAGGACACAAUUAGCGCUCUCGAUGAAGCAACGAAACUUGACAAAGAGAAGAGAACAAAAUUGCGCACCGACGCCAAGCUUAUGAUAGAAAUCCUCAAUAAAGGACUUGUAUUGGCUGGUAACCCAAAAGAUCCUGAAUCUACAAAGAAGAUUCCUCCCAAACCAAAACUCCCUGGAAAACACAAUUCUCAAUACCCUGCUGCAUCGGAAGCUAUACAAAUAGAUCAAGACGAAAUCCGGGGAAGAUUUGCUACUGCGACCAGAGACAUUGAAGCGGGGGAAAUCUUAUUGAUAGAAAGACCACAUAGUGGAGUGCUUUUGGGGGAAUAUACGAAGACCCAUUGUCAAAACUGCUUCAUUAAAUGUCCAAUUCCGCUUCCAUGUCCAAACUGCCCGAACGUAAUAUUUUGUAGCGAUAAGUGCUUAGAGAUUGCCCAAAAGUCCUAUCAUGCCUAUGAAUGCCAUAUUCUUCCUCUUUUAUGGAAAUCAGGGUGCUCUGUAACGUGCCACAUAGCUUUAAGAUUGAUAACACAGAAUAAUAAAGACUAUUUUACAAGCAUCAAUCCCAAUUUAGAACAAAAACCAAGUGGUCCUUAUAAGACUGAUGAUUACCGAAAUAUAUACCAUUUGGUUUCUCACGAAGAGAAAAGGACUAAACAAGACCUAUUGCAGAGAACUGAAAUGGCUAGUUUUUUGGUGAAACUGUUGGAGAUUAGUGGAUAUUUUGAUGGGAAACCAAGAACAACCCCGGUAGAUAUUAACGAAAUAAAAUCAAUGGCAGUUAAUGAUAAGUACAAAGUUGAUGUUGGUGUUUUCGGGGGUUUGAUACUGGUGAAUCUUCAAAUCUUACAAUUCAAUGCGCACGAAGUAUUUGAGUUGCAAUGUCCGAAGCCCAAAGUUGGAAAGAAUGUGAUCAAGCAUGAAGGCAAAUCCACGUUUUUGGCUGGUGCCGUAUUUCCGACGCUUGCCUUAUUUAACCACUCCUGUGAUCCUGGCGUGGUCAGGUACUUCUGUGGUCUCCACAUUGUGGUCCGUGCGGUAAAGAACAUAAAAAAAGGUAACGAAGUGUCUGAGAACUACGGUCCUAUUUUCACCACGGUGAAGAAGGACAGGAGGCAGGCGGAACUGAGGGAUCAAUAUUGGUUCGAUUGCCGCUGCGGGCCUUGUGAGCAGAACUGGCCUACAUAUGACGAAAUGAACGAAACCUACCUCAGAUUUAAAUGUGACUCAGAUCGUCCGUGUCCGAAUGUAAUUGCAGUUCAACCGGACUGCAAAGAGUUUAUGGUGCAAUGUGGUCUCUGUCAGCAGUAUACCAAUAUUCUGAAGGGACUCAAAUCUUUGCAGGAUACGGAAAUGAUGUAUCGUCUAGGACAAGCAGCUAUGAAUGAAGGACAGUAUGGCGAAGCUAUAAAGAAAUUUACAGAAGUAAUGAAACUGUAUGACGCAACCCUGGCACCACCAUACAAAUCAUUCUAUGACUGCGUACAAGACCUUAGGCGUAGUAUGCUAUCUAUGGGAAAUUACAGUAUUGUUUAAUGUUACACCAUUAAUCAGUUUAUUGUUUCGUUUUGAGUUUUCUUUUUGUAUUUUGUAAAGUGUGUUUAUUUUUGUUAUACCUGUGUGUUAUUUAAGAAGUAUAGAAUUAAAUUUUGCU